AUGAAUGUUCUGCAAAGUAGCUUUCGUCUCAUCGGGCUUUCCAAUAUUCAGAAAUGUGUUUCCGGUAAAAUGAUUUCGUCUUUUUUUUCAAAAGCAUCACCAUUUAGUCAAACGCAACAGACCCCGUCAGUCAGUCCUUUCGGUUGGUCGCAACAGCGUUGGAAGUCUUAUGGAAUGGAAUAUCAACCCUCCAACAUACGAAGAAAACGUAAACACGGAUUCUUGUCUCGAAUUCGAACACAUUUGGGACGACGGAUACUGAAUAGAAGAAAAAGAAAGGGCCGACGUUAUCUUAGUCAUUAA